AUGUCCGCUCUUUCUCUUUCCGUGCUGACUCCAUGCAGCUCAGUGGAGCCAUCGAGUCAUGGGUGGACGGAUUCCGAAGAUGAUCAGGAGCUGGAAGUCGUCAUCACCUGCGGCUCCUCAUCUCCUGACUCGGACACCGACUCCACCCAAACGACGGCGCUCUCCUUUGAACCUCCUGAGUCCCAGACUUCUGAGAAAAGGCAGUUUUGCUGCAAGCUCCUUGUGCCCUCGCACUACGCCGGCCCCAUCCUGGGGCGUGGUGGUCGGAACCUGCUGGCCGUGGAGAAGCACACCAACACCAGCGUUCACAUUUCUCCUGCUGGUGUCUUCUUCCCGGGCACAGAGGAUCGGAUGCUUAUGAUUUUUGCGGAGACCCUGGCGAGCUUGGUCACCUGCAUGGAGAUGGUUGUGCAGCAGAUGCGUGGUCCUGGUGAGCGGCAGAAGCAGCACGUCGUCUCCAAGCUGGUGGUCCCGAACUCUUCCGUGAGCAAGAUCAUCGGGCGUCGAGGCUGCCAUCUGCAACAGGUCAAGGAGUCAACUGGCUGCCGCGUCAGCAUCAGCCAGCGAAACGAAGGCAUCCAAGAGAGAGUGGUGUUGCUGGGCGGAGAUGGUACGUCACGGUUAAGCGCGGCAGCGAUGAUUUUGACGUGCGUCCAAGAAGAUCCACACCUUCAUGAGCACAUGUACUUCGAGUACGAGAUCGAGCUUCCACGUGGUUGUUGGGACUGUUGCAAGUCUCCGCAAAACCAGGCAUCCGGCGUUUGCCUGCAUCAGGAUCUAUAUCCUUUAGGAUGGUCUUCGAGCCCCGAAAGCAUGUGA